AUGUCUGAUCAGGGUCAGUCAGUGAUCAAGAAAAGUGUGCUUGAAAUUAAAAAAAAGGUUCCUUCUGUUUCUGACAUGGGUGUUCAGUCAGAACAGCAAACAUUACAGAGGAAUUGUGAGUCAGGAAUUUCUUCUCAUUCUGAAGACUCUGAUUCUGAGGUUGAACUAGCAGAAUUAGAGAAAGAAAAACUAGCUGCUUUGCAAGAAAUUAAAAAGACAGAAAAACAAAUCUACUUACUAGAUGAUGAUGCAGAAUGUAAACAAAAAAAAUGCAAAGCAUUGGAAUUGCAGAAUCAGGCCAUAUAUAUUGAAAACAUAAGACUGAAAAUGAAUAUUGAAGAAGAAGAGGAAAAUGUAGCAAAGCUGCUGUCAGAAAACAAUGUGUACCGUAAGAAAAUGGCAACACACAGAGAGCUAAUUGCUGUGGUGGAAAAUAAACUACCAUUCAUGAUAGAACUUGCCGAAAAGAAAGAAACAGUUAAAAAGCUGAGGGAAAAAAAGCAGGAAUUAGCAGCUGACCUUCAGAAUCCAGAAGGGAAUUUAAUUAAACAAGUCCAGGCAGAGAUUGCAGUUAUUAAAGUACAAAUUGCUACAACAAAGGAAGCAAUUGCAGAUCAGGUUACUUUAUUAUCAAAGGAACACGAUGUUCAUAAUAAACUCCAAAAAGAAAUAGAGAUGCAGAACAAACGAUGUGAGGCCAUUCUUAAAAGGUUGCAUAGUCAGCUAAACAAGGCCCAGUCCAAGAAAAGACAGUGGAAUUGGGAUAUUCAGCAGAUGGAAAAAACAGUUGCUUACAUGAAGAAAUGCCUUGGAAUGAAAGACUAAUGUUAAUGUAUGUAUGAACUGCCAGAUGUACUAAGAUAACUAAUGCCAAAAGAUAUUUUUUCAAUGAGAAAAUAAAAUUCUUGUGCUACCUAGCAAAUAAUUUCACCAUACUGCAUUUCAGUAAAUAAUUUCACCGUAAUGAGUUUAAGCAAAUAAUUUCAUCGCAAUGAGUUUACAGUGAAGAAACAGAGAAUUGGGCACAUAAUUUUGUAAUAGUGCUAAACAAGUUAAAAUGGAAAAAGAUAAUCCAGCAUUUGCAGCAUCAGCUCUAAAGCUACAGUUAAGCUGUAUCUGAAACACAUUAAAAGGGGCUCAAUUAUUUUCAUUAGUCUUGAGAAAAUGUAUGCUUCUUGCUCACAAAAAUGACAGCCUGCAAGGCAAUGUUUCCGUUGCUACAUGUAGUGAGCUCUAAACUUCAUAGACUGGAAUGGCAGUAUGCUAGUGUAAAUCAGAAAUGAGAAGUAGUAAAAUCCCUGGGGCAGAAUGUCAUUACUGAAUCUGUUUUAUAGCAGAGUAUCUUGUUAGAAUUCACAAUACCACAAUUUAAGAAAAUAAGCAAAAAUACCACUCAGCCAGUGGAAAGAAGCAGCAAAAUAAACUUCUAUAAACACAAAACAGAUUUAUUUAAAGCCAAACUCUAGCGCUUCGGCCACAGCCUUCUCGGAGUACAAAAACACAAAAGAACACACCCCUUAUAUACAGCACUUAAUUAUAUCAAUUACUUCAUUUAAAUAAUUAAUUACAUACGUGUUUUCCAAUUGCAUUCCAUGGCUAAGUUUUAUUGUUUACCUAAAAUUCAUAAGAGCAUGGAGCAGCCUCCUGGUCGUCCUAUAGUAGCGGCAGAUAAAUACUUCUUACAUGGUGUAGGAAAAUUGCUACAUUUUCAUUUUGUAAAUUAUGUAAUGAAACUAGAAUCAUAUGUUCAGGAUUCUUUUGACUUUAUUAAUAAAUUCAAAUCAGUUAAAUGUG